CCGGACAGGAAUCUCCCGCAGAAGAACCCGCCCCUCUCCUUCCACUUUCGACUCUGAAACUCAUUCAAAACCCUAGCUUCAGAGUUCUCUCUCUUCUUCGAUCUCUCCACGCAUCUCUCUCAAUGUUUGAUCAUUAUUGCUGUUUUCCUCAACUGCACGCUCGUUGGAUCCGAUUACACUCGCAGUUGAUCUUUGUAUAACUGUGCAUAUUUCAUUACCGUACAACUUCGUCUUAACAUUAUUAUAAUGGAUCAUCCUCGGUCAACAUCUGGGAAUGGUGAGGAUAAUGUUGGGAUUCCAGAGGAUUUGCGUUGCAAGAGGUCAGAUGGGAAACAGUGGAGAUGCAGUGCCAUGUCCAUGCCAGAUAAAACAGUAUGCGAAAAGCACUACAUCCAGGCAAAGAAAAGAGCUGCAAAUUCUGCAUUGAGAGCUAGCCUGAAGAAAGCCAAGAGGAAGUCCCUAGGUGAAACUGAUGUUUACUUGGAGAGCAAGAGUGAUGAUUUUGACAUGCCACUUGUCAACACAAAAGCUGCUGAUUAUCCUGUUUCGGUAUCAGGAAAUAAGUAUAAGGAGAAGGUAACUAAGAAACAGGUACGCUAUUCACCUGAAACACCUCCUGUUAGGAGUGUGUCCAUACGCAGUUCUUUAAAGCCAAAUGAUGAUUCACAAAGAGAGACACAGUUUGAAGAGAACAGGAGGUCUUAUAGGACAACACCACUUUCUGUGAUGGAUUCCUCUAGGACCAAAUCACAGAGGAGUUUGGAUGUGAGUGCAAUGGCGGAUUACUCUGAUGGAAGCACAGAUUCUUCUGAUGAUGAAAAUGGUGGGCAAACUUGCCAUCAGUGUCGGAGGAACGAUAGAGACAGAGUUAUCUGGUGCCUUAGAUGUGAUAAGAGAGGAUACUGUGAUAGCUGCAUCUCUACAUGGUACUCAGAUAUCCCAUUGGAAGAGAUCCAGAAGAUCUGUCCUGCAUGUCGUGGUACUUGUAAUUGUAAGGUUUGCUUACGUGGAGAUAAUUUGAUAAAGGUAAGGAUACGGGAGAUUCCAGUCCAAGACAAGCUGCAAUAUCUCCACUCUUUACUAUCUUCGGUGCUCCCGGUAGUUAAGCAGAUCCACCAUGAACAAUGUGCUGAACUAGAACUGGAUAAAAGGCUUCAUGGAGCUAGAAUAAAACUUGAGAGGCAAAGAUUGAAUAAUGAUGAACAGAUGUGCUGCAAUUUCUGUAGGGUACCUAUUAUUGAUUACCACAGGCAUUGUAUGAAUUGCUCGUAUGACCUAUGCCUUAAUUGCUGUCAAGAUCUUCGAGAAGCAUCUAUGCUUGGUACCAAAGGAGAAGCAGCAGAAAAAGAAACUUUGUCAGAACAAGUGAAACCAACCAAAUUGAAAUUAAAUUUAGCAGAUAAGUUUCCUGCUUGGAAAGGCAAUGAUGAUGGCAGUAUUCCAUGCCCACCAAAGGAUUAUGGUGGCUGUGGUUUCUCAUCAUUAACUCUUACCCGCAUUUUCAAGAUGAAUUGGGUUGCAAAGCUGGUAAAAAAUGUGGAGGAGAUGGUUACUGGCUGUAAGGUUUAUGAUAUUAAUAGUCCACAAAAAACCAGGUCAAGCGACAGGUUCUGCCAAUCUGCACAUAGAGAGGACAGUGAUGAUAAUUUCUUAUAUUGUCCAUCAUCUCAAGAUAUCAAAACUGAAGGAAUUGGAAAUUUUCGAAAGCAUUGGAUCAGGGGAGAACCUGUUAUUGUUAAGCAGGUGUGUGAUGACUCGUCUAUUUCAAACUGGGAUCCAUCGGUUAUAUGGAGAGGGAUUAGAGAGACAUCAGAUGAGAAGAUGAAAGAUGAUAACAGAACAGUCAAGGCCAUAGACUGCUUAGACUGGUCUGAGGUUGAUAUUGAACUUGGUCAAUUUAUCAAAGGAUACUCAGAGGGGCGACUUCGUGAUGACGGGUGGCCAGAAAUGUUGAAGUUGAAGGAUUGGCCAUCCCCCAGUGCUUCUGAAGAGUUAUUGUUAUACCAGAGACCUGAAUUUAUCAGUAAAAUGCCAUUACUUGAGUACAUCCAUUCAAAGUGGGGCCUUUUAAAUGUUGCAGCAAAACUGCCUCAUUACUCCUUGCAGAAUGAUGUAGGGCCCAACAUUUUUAUUUCUUAUGGGACCUAUGAGGAACUUGGUAGCAGUGAUUCAGUGACCAACCUCCAUUUAGAAAUGCGUGACAUGGUUUACCUACUGGUACACACAUCUGAGGUCAAACUAAAAGGUCGGCAGGAGGAGAAGAUUGAAGAGGGGAAAGAGGCCUCUAUGGAGUCUGAGGCAAAAGAAUCACCUGGAGAUGUACAAACAAGUUUGGAUGAGGGAAGAACCCCUGAUUUAUCACUUGGCGGACAUGAUCAACAGGGGGAUCAUGGGGAAAAGUUAAACAACGAUAAGGAUGAGGAAAUGGAGGACCAGGGGAUUGAUACUACCUCUAGUGUUGAAGCGAAAACUGUCAACUGUGAAAACCUGCACAGAGAUAAUGGUGAUAUCUCCCAAAUCACUCAUCCAGGAGCUCUUUGGGAUGUUUUCCGUCGGCAGGAUGUUCCAAAGCUGAUUGAGUAUUUGCAAAUUCAUUGGGAGGAAUUUGGGAAGCCUACCAGUGCAACAACUGAUUCUGUUCAACAUCCUCUUUAUGAAGAAGCCAUUUUUCUGAACAGGCAUCAUAAAACACAAUUGAAAGAAGAAUUUGGAGUUGAGCCUUGGUCAUUUGAACAGCAUUUGGGGCAAGCCAUAUUCAUCCCUGCUGGUUGCCCUUUCCAAUCGAGAAAUCUUCAGUCUAUAGUUCAGUUGGGCCUUGACUUUUUGUCGCCUGAGAGCCUAGGGGAGGCUGUGAGACUGGCUGAUGAAAUCCGAUGUCUUCCAACUGAGCAUGAGGCAAAGCGGCAAGUGUUGGAGGUGGGGAAGAUAUCACUAUAUGCAGCCAGUUCAGCUAUUAAAGAAGUACAGAAGUUGGUUCUUGAUCCAAAACUCGGCCCAGAGCUUGGUUUCGAGGAUCCAAAUUUAACCGCAUUGGUUUCUGAGAACCUGGAGAAGAUGAUUAGACGAAGGCAGGUCACUUGUGCUUGAAUUAGUGUACAGUAUUCUUGUAACUUAGGUACAGAAUUUAAUUUUAAACAUGCGCUUAACUAUGCCCCUAUUGUACAAAUAUAUUUAGAUGUAAAUGUCCCAAGCUUGCAGAUUUCAAGCUGUUUGAUUUAACACUUCAGGAUCCCAUUUCAUGAAAA